UUGGUUUUAUAAUUUUUUUUUUUCUUUGGAGUCAAAAGUCAUUUAUUUUGGGGCUACCUACCCAAGAAGGUAGUCCAGUUUCCCCUUGGUAUCUUAAAAGAGCGGAGCAGAAAGUGUUUUCUUUCUCAAAUUUAAAAUUAGUUAAUGAGUGAGCAUUGUUUCUUGUUUACAUGAAUUUCCGGCGAUGAAUAGGGCUGCUUUAAUAAGCUCUCAGGGCAACACUUUUCAGCUAAGGGCCGCCUCUCUUUUUCAUUCUUCCCCAAUGUUGGAACGCAGAAGACGCACUCAUUGGGAUUCUGGGAGUGGUGCUUAUAAAGGCUCUUCAAGGAAAUCAAACUUCUACUCAAGAAGAUAUAGGAAGCUUAACUCAAGGCAGGCACUGUUUGAGAGUGUCAAUGGAUUCGCUGAACAGUUUUUUCAGAGCUGGCAGCAUGACUCUGAUGAACAUGAUCCAUCUUCAAUCCGAGACAGUUCAUGGUUUAGAGGAGAUUUCAGGGCCAGUGAGCACAAAGGAGGGAGAUCAAGGAACAAGGGACAACAUCAACAGAGAGGGUUCCAAUUCUUUGAGGAUGAUGAUAUUGAGAUAGAGACCAUUUUUCGUUCCGCAUUUGGGGGAAACAGAUACUACUACUGGUCAUUUAUCAAUGAAGAACCACAAUGGAGGAACUCAUCAAGCAACUUUAACAGCCAUCGGUGGAAUUGGAGGCAUCAGUACUCGGACUAUGAUGAGUCAACAAACUCCGACAAUUCAGAGUCAGAUUUGAGUUCAGAGCGUUUGACUCUUGGAUUGAAUGCAUUUGGCCCUUUGAAUCUGGAAGAUGUUAAAAAUGCAUAUCGUCUAUGCGCACUGAAGUGGCAUCCUGAUCGCCACCAAGACACAUCUAAGGUGGUUGCAGCGGAGAAGUUCAAGGCCUGCAGUGCAGCAUAUCAAUGUUUGUGUGAUAAGCUGGAAUUAAGUUAAUAAUGGGGCAGAUAUUGUGAUUAUGGAUGAUGAUUAUUGAAUUACCGAGGUUAUUGGUGAGGACGUGAGAUUAUACGAACCGGUUAAUAAAAGAGGCCCUUUAAUCAUAUAAUUGAAAUGGCGUUUGCGCAAAUUGGAAGCUAGGUCGUAUUAGAUUAUUUGGAAGCAUUCACGAAGUACUUUGUAGUAGAGUUCUUUUGCCAUGAUUCGAGUGUAACCAUAUAUAAUCUUAGUGGCAAGCUCAACUAAUAGUUUAUCAGUUACAUGAUUUACUGUGGUUGGUUUUGUCUCA